UUGAUUCAGGCAGUCACACUCUGGCGAAACGUUGUGCGCUUUUUUAGUGUUUGCAAAGUAUAAAGGAGAAAAUAAUACGCGACUUGAGUUUAGGAGGAUUUUUUUCAGCGGCGCGCUUUGGUUGGAUCUGAAAGUGCGGUGGAGCCCAGAGUAGAGCUGAGCAGGGAACGGGACCUUCCCCACGGACUAUAUGAAGGGAGGGGAGGGGGAGGGGGGGCUGCUUACAAGACAACAAGACUGCAGCGCAAACAGAUUAGCUCUAUGAUUGAUGAGGACAAAAGAGUGGAUUUGCUAAACACUAAACAAAGAAACCUACUGCAUCCUCUGAGAGAAGAACUUUAAUGGCUUCCAGGUAGAGAGAAAGAGACAGCAAUCAAGAUGAACUCUAUUCCUUCAAUGGACAGGCACAUACAGCAGACCAAUGACCGACUGCUGUGCAUCAAACAGCACUUACAGAACCCGGCCAAUUUUCAGACAGCGGCUACAGAGCUGCUCGACUGGUGUGGUGACCCGAGGGCCUUCCAGAGGCCCUUUGAGCAGAGCCUGAUGGGAUGUCUGACGGUUGUAAGCCGUGUCGCUGCUCAGCAAGGGUUCGACCUGGACCUGGGUUACCGGCUCCUGGCUGUGUGCGCUGCCAACCGGGACAAGUUCACCCCAAAAUCGGCAGAAACCAACACCUGCAGGAGAUGUCAAAGUGACUCAGCUCUACUGUCAUCGUGGUGUGAGGAGCUGGGCCGGCUGCUCCUGCUGCGGCACCAGAAGAAUCGGCAGAGUGAGCCCCAGGGCAAGGUGCCCAUGCAGGCGCCCAUGAACUCCAUGAAGCCAGCGCUCUCCCACAGUGAUGGGUCCUUUCCAUAUGACACUGUUCCCUGGCAACAAAAUACCAACCAGGCUCCCGGCUCAUUGUCAGUGGUGACAACGGUGUGGGGGGUUACCAAUACAUCACAAAGUCAGGUUUUGGGUAACCCCAUGGCCAACACCAACAACCCUAUGAACCCUGGAGGCAAUGGAAUAGGGUCGGGCAUAUCAGCCAGCAACCAAGGGAUCAACUCCCCUCAGUUCCCCGGACAACAACAGCAGUUUUCAGGCAAAGGGGGCUCCAACCAGGCCUACAUGCAGCAGGGCAUGUAUGGGCGAACAGGGCAUCCUGGAACUGCAGGUUUCAGUGGCAGUUACCCAGGUGGUCCGAAUGCUCCAGGUGGAAUAGGCAUGCCCCCCCACACCCGGCCGCCAUCGGACUUCACCCAGCCUGCCGCUGCAGCUGCUGCAGCUGCCGUCGCUGCCGCCGCCGCCACAGCAACGGCCACUGCCACGGCCACUGUAGCCGCGCUGCAGGAGACCAACAAGGACAUGAACCAGUACGGGCAGAUGUGCUCCUCAUUUCAGAUGGGACCCACGCAGGGCUAUAACAACCAGUUCAUGAAUCAGCCCGGACCCCGUGGCCCGCCUGCCAUGGCAGGCGGAAUGAACCCGGGCGGAAUGGGUGGGAGCAUAAACAGCUCCAACCUCAGCGGCCCACCCAUGGGCUUGAACCAGCCCCGAGCUCCAGGGAUGGGUCCCUUUGGGGGCCAUGGCCAGAGAAUGCCCCAGCAGGGCUAUCCAGGGCCCAGGCCCCAAUCCAUGCCCAUGCCAGGCACCAAGAGACCUUAUCCUGGAGAGCCUAACUAUGGGGGUCAGCAGUUUGGACCAAAUGGACAGUUUCCCAACCAGCAAGGACAGUAUCCUAACCCAAAUGCAUCCAGAGCCCUGCCCUCACCCAACUACCCGGCACAAAGGAUGCCAGGCCAGCAGGGCUCCGGCCAGUAUCCCCCUUCAGGGGUGCCCAUGGGCCAGUACUACAAGCAGGAGCCAUUUAAUGGUCAAAACAGCAAUUUCUCUGCAGGUGGUUAUGCCUACAAUCAAGGCAAUGGGCCUCCGCGGCAGGUUGUGAACUAUCCUCACUCGCCAGUUCCUGGGAACCCCACACCACCCAUGACUCCAGGAAGUAGUAUCCCUCCAUACCUAUCUCCCAACCAAGACGUCAAGCCGCCAUUUCCUCCUGAUAUGAAACCAAACAUGACGUCCCUACCUCCACCACCCGCUAACCCCAACGAGGAACUGCGGUUGACCUUUCCCGUGCGGGACGGCGUGGUGCUGGAGCCUUUCCGCCUGGAACACAACCUGGCUGUCAGUAACCAUGUCUUCCAUCUGCGGCCCUCCGUCCACCAGACCCUCAUGUGGCGGUCAGACCUGGAGCUUCAGUUUAAGUGCUACCACCACGAGGACCGGCAGAUGAACACCAACUGGCCGGCGUCGGUGCAGGUCAGCGUCAAUGCCACUCCGCUCACCAUCGAGAGGGGUGAUAACAAGACCUCCCACAAACCCCUGCACCUGAAGCAUGUGUGUCAGCCGGGGAGGAACACCAUCCAGAUCACAGUCACAGCCUGCUGCUGUUCACACUUGUUCGUGCUGCAGCUGGUGCACAGGCCGUCGGUGAGGUCUGUUCUGCAGGGCCUGCUCAAGAAGAGACUCCUACCCGCAGAACACUGCAUCACCAAAAUAAAGCGAAACUUCAGCAGUGUGGCAGCAUCUUCUGGGAAUGCCCCACUGAACGGGGAGGAUGGCGUGGAGCAGACGGCCAUCAAAGUGUCCCUCAAGUGUCCCAUCACAUUCCGGCGGAUCCAGCUUCCUGCCCGAGGUCAUGACUGCAAACACGUACAGUGUUUUGACCUGGAGUCCUAUUUGCAGCUGAACUGUGAGAGAGGAACGUGGCGAUGUCCUGUAUGCAAUAAAACCGCAUUAUUGGAGGGUCUGGAAGUGGACCAGUACAUGUGGGGAAUUCUCAAUGCCAUCCAAAAUUCAGAGUUCGAAGAGGUCACCAUUGACCCCACGUGUAGCUGGCGGCCGGUGCCCAUAAAGUCAGAUCUGCUCAUAAAGGAGGACCCGGAUGGUCCUCUGGCCAAGCGCUUUAAGACAAUGAGUCCCAGUCAGAUGAUCAUGCCCAACGUGAUGGACAUGAUCGCGCAGCUCGGACCAGGUCCCUCGCCCUACACCUCCAUCCCUCCCCAGCAUGCAGGGAACAGCGGCGAGUACGGAGGCCAAGGUAGAGGCAACAGUUACCAGGGCCAUGGAAACUUUGACUUUCCCCAUGGUAACACUGGUGGAGGAGCUCCCAUGAAUGACUUCAUGCACGGGCCGCAGCUCUCCCACCCACCGGACGUGCCCAACAGCCUUAUGGGGCCAGACAAAGCCCUCGGCCAUGGCAUGCCCGAUUCGAUGCCCCAUCCAGUGAGUGCUGAGCAGUCCCAUGCUUCCAUGCAACAAGGCAUGCACGCAUCCCCCCACCCCAACAGCCAAUCAGCACAGCCAUUACAUCACAGUGGCCCCCCAUCCUCCCAGCCCCCACGCCAAGCCCCGCCCACACAGCAGCAACCUGGCCCCAACAGCCACCCACACAGCGACAUGACCUUCAACCCUGCUGGCGAGGGCCAGGUGGGCAGCCAGGGACCGGCAGACAUGCCCGAGCCCUCUCUGGACCUGCUACCAGAGCUGGCAAACCCAGAUGAGUUACUGUCAUAUUUAGACCCUCCUGACCUCCCGAGCAACAGCAAUGAUGAUCUGCUCUCGCUGUUUGAGAACAACUGACUGUCCUAAUCCACCUUUACCAGAGGCACUGAUGUGUUUGGCCGUUAGGAGUCAAGAUGUACCCUGAGCACCAAUUCAGUGCUUUUCAAGCACGCAACACUGUUUCUCCUGCCUCUUUUCUUGUGUAAAUAUCUCACUCUUUUAUGAACAUCCUUUUCCACCCAUGUAAGGUAGCCAUGUUGGUUGGCACUACAGUGAUACCUUUCGAUACUAAUAUGAAAAACUGUGCAGCUAUAAUC